AUGUUCGCGAAAUCGCUGUUAAAAACGGCUAUGCCGGUCACCAAAGGUGGGAUCGGCUUGCGGUGCUAUGCUCAGCUACCGCUCCGUGUACCCAUCAAGAUUCCAAACGGUGUCGAGUACGAACAGCCCACAGGGCUGUUCAUCAAUAACAAAUUUGUGCGGGCCAAGCAAGGCAAGACGUUCGAAGUGAUCAGCCCCGCAACUGAGGAGACCAUCACUCACGUGUACGAGGCACGUGAGGACGACGUGGAAGAGGCGAUCGCUGCAGCGGACGCGGCGUUCAAAAGCGGAGUAUGGUCGCAGGCAGAUCCGUUGGUGCGGGCCAACGCCCUCCACAAGCUUGCAGGCUACAUCGAAGAGCAUCAGGACAUCGUGGCGUCUAUCGAGACCCUCGACAACGGCAAAGCGAUCAACAGCGCACGGGGCGACGUGCAGCUAGUCAUCAACUACCUGCGGUCGUGCGCUGGCUGGUGUGACAAAGUGGACGGCCGGCUCAUCAACACUGGAAAUACCCAUUUUUCCUACACCGUCAAGCAGCCAUUGGGUGUUUGCGGUCAAAUUAUCCCCUGGAACUUCCCACUUUUGAUGUGGGCUUGGAAAGUUGGUCCUGCUUUGGCAACCGGUAACACCGUGGUUCUCAAGACUGCGGAAUCCACUCCACUCUCUGCUCUGUACGUUUCGCAAUUUGUGCCCAAGUCUGGAAUCCCACCGGGUGUUGUGAACAUCGUCUCCGGCUUUGGUAAGAUCGUCGGUGAGGCUUUAACUACACAUCCCAAGAUCAAGAAGAUUGCGUUUACGGGAUCCACCGCUACCGGUCGUCAUAUUUAUCAAAAUGCUGGUCAAAACUUGAAGAAGGUCACCUUGGAACUGGGCGGUAAGUCUCCUAACGUUGUUUUCUCUGACGCUGACAUCAAGCAAGCCGUUCAAAACGUCAUCCUGGGUAUUUACUACAACAGUGGUGAAGUAUGCUGUGCUGGAUCUAGAGUUUACGUGGAGGAAUCUGCUUACGAGCAAUUCUUGGAUGAAAUGAAAGCUGCUGCUGAAGGUGUUAAAGUCGGAGACCCUUUCGAUGAGUCCACUUUCCAAGGAUCUCAAACCUCUCAGAUGCAACUCAACAAGAUUUUGAAGUAUGUUGAAAUUGGUAGAGACGAAGGUGCCAGAUUGAUUACUGGUGGUGAAAGAAUUGGCAACAAGGGCUACUUCGUCAAGCCCACUGUUUUCGGCGACGUCACCGAGGACAUGCGUAUUGUGAAGGAAGAAAUCUUUGGCCCAGUUGUCACGAUCAGUAAGUUCAAGACUAUGGAUGAAUUGAUCGACAUGGCAAACGACUCUGAGUAUGGUUUGGCCGCAGGCGUCCACACCACCAACAUCAACAAAGCACUUGAAGUUGCCAACAAAGUCAACGCGGGUACUGUGUGGGUCAACACCUUUAACGAUUUCCACCACAGUGUGCCAUUUGGCGGGUUCAACGCUUCUGGUAUUGGUAGAGAGAUGGGCAGCGAGGCUUUGGAUAACUACACCCAAACCAAGGCUGUGCGUGUGAAGCUCACAUCCGAGGCCAAGCCUUAA